GGCAGCACCGUGAAACGUCACUUUAGGUUUGUUAAACGUCAAGUUUCGCAAAAUUUAAAUCGGCUGUGUAAUUAAACUCUACCCGUUUUAUCGCGAAAAUGGUGCACAAUGCUGUUGCCGAAGACAGCCUCUUGGAAUACAUACAAAAAUUAGCGAAGCCGGAUACGUGUACUGUCGGUUUAGUUUUAGGACAGCCUUCAAGCACCAAAGAUUACAUAAUUCAUUUUGCAAAAACACCCCCAUGCGAAGAAGAUAGCAAAUCAAACAUAAAACUAAAAGAAAUUAAGUCGAUUAAUGACGUUUUCGACGUAUGGGUUGCGGAUCAUGCGAAACACGCCACGCGAAUGCUGCCGGGUGGAAUGUACGUUCUCGGUAUUUUCGUCGUAUCAAACGAAGAUUUGUUAACCCCCUUUUCCAACAAGUUAAAAUCUAUACUACAAGAAGUUCACCGACAACUUAGCGCCAACAGUUAUAUGCACGGUACUUCGACGAAAAGCGAAAAGCUCGUUUUGAAUUAUUGCACGAAAACGCAAUCUUACAGUUGUAAGAGUUACGAUGUCGUUAAUUCGAGUGUUAAACCGGCCGAGAUUAAGUUCUUGUCAAAACCGAUUGGAUGGAGGCAGUUUCAAUGCAAAUACGAACUCGAUCGGAUUUAUUCGAUUCCGAUUGAUAAAAGCGAUUUGACUUUAAGAAGACAUAUGAAUGAUAUUAUUGAAAAGACUUCAGAUUGUUUAAAACCGGCGAUUUUUGCUUUUGACGGAGAAAUUCGAAAAAAUGACGCUGCUUUAGAGAGUAUGGAUAAAAAAAUUGGUAAAUCAAGUGGAGGUAAUGAUCAUGCUGGACCUACAAUGGUUUCUAUUUAUUUACCAUGCGAAAUAUAUAAAACUACAAAACCAAUAGACAUGUCUAAUUGCGCUGGUCACAUCAAACUUACAGGACAAAUCGCCAGUAAUGUUUGGAUGCAUUCAAAAGCGACUGUUAAAGAUGUCUGUGAUGCAAUUCUCGAAGAUAUUAUAAGAAGUUUAGCAGCGAGAUUAGACAUGCAUUGGGAUUCGCUUAUUGAAGAGGAACAUGGUUCACCAGAAGAUACAAACAGCAUACAUGAACCACCUAGAAGAGUAUUUAUUCACUUACCUCAUACAGAAGUAACUCUUUCUGACUAUUUAUUUCCUGGGGAAGGUCCUCAAGAUGCGCAAAUUUCUCUGCAAGAAUUACUGGAUAUAACUGUUGACGAAAAAGAUGGUGUUACUGAUAUUGAAGGACAAGCAGAUUUGGUGGAUGUCUACAGCAACAGCAUAGAAUCCGAUGAUACUGAGGGUUCUUUAAAAUCAAUACAAACAGACGCGAACAAGUUGAUGUACAGUUUGGGAAUAGGAAUAGCGCUUCUGGUAUUGUUGAUAUCACUGGUGGUGCAUUACUUCAGAUUUAUACCUUAAAUAAGGAGACUGCUUGGGUUGUGGACGUGGUUUAAUUGCAUUUAUUUUUUUAUACAAUGCAAAGCGGUACAUAAUAAAACGAUAUAUUUUUAACCUGAAAUUUAAAACUAUAAA